AUGAGCGAAGACAUACUUCUCCGAGCACGCAGAAAUAAUCCCGGCUUGGAUGUACAGUAUUCGGAAGACAUUUUCAAUGAAGCACUGAUAUCACUUGAGGAUGUGUGUAUGUCGAUUAACAACAAAAUCCUCAAUCAGCUUGGGCUGUUUUCACCGGAACGUGACAGAAACGAUGUUAUAGAUAGAGACGUAUUGCGAGAAAAACAAUACGACGUCGAUGCGCUACAAGUUUAUGUUGAAACUCAGAAAAGGCUCUUAACAAACGAUCAACGACUUGCAUACGACACAAUUAUGGAGCAUGUGCGAGGCGGAAAUGGUGGACUUCUUUUUCUUGAUGCACCAGGAGGCACAGGAAAAACGUUUCUACUCAAUUUGAUACUCGCUGAAAUUCGAAUGAAACAUGAGAUUGCUUUGGCUGUGGCAUCAUCGGGGAUUGCAGCAACAUUACUCGAUGGAGGACGCACGGCGCAUUCGGUUCUCAAGCUGCCAUUGAAUUUAAAUCUAGCUGCUGAUCCUCUUUGCAACAUUGGAAAAACAACUGGAAUGGCAACUGUAUUGAAAACAUGCCAACUGAUUAUUUGGGAUGAAUGUACUAUGGCCCAUAAGAAAGGACUUGAAGCACUUGAUCGUACUCUGCGAGAUUUCCGAAGCGAUGAACGUCCACUGGGCGGAGCUCUGAUCCUGCUCGCAGGUGAUUUCCGUCAAACUUUGCCCGUGAUUCCUAGAUCAACACCAGCAGACGAGUUGAAUGCAUGCCUGAAAAAUUCGUCUCUCUGGAGACAUGUGAAAAAAAUUACACUGUCGACCAAUAUGCGUGUGCAUUUACUUGGAGAUGUUUCUGCACAAAUAUUUGCCAAACAACUUUUGGAUAUCGGCGACGGCAAACUUUUGGCUGAUCCUACAACACAGGAGAUAGCGUUCCCUCCGAACUUCUGUCAACUUCAGUCAUCAAUUGAAGAACUUGAAGAGAGAGUUUUCUCCAACAUCGCUAACAACUUUAGAAAUCAUGAUUGGCUUUGCGAGCGAGCUAUCUUAGCUCCAAAGAAUGAUGAUGUCAAUCGAAUCAAUAAUAAGAUUCAAUUAAAAGUUCCUGGGGUGAUUACGGAAUACAAAUCGAUUGACACAGUUACAGAAGAGGACCAAGCUGUAAAUUAUCCAGUCGAAUUUCUCAAUUCGUUGGAGCCUCCUGGAAUGCCACCGCACAUACUGACGCUAAAAGUUGGCUCACCAAUACUGCUCCUUCGGAAUCUCAAUACCCCGAAGUUAUGCAAUGGAACCAGACUUUCAGUGAAAAAACUGAUGCCGAAUGUGAUUGAAGCAACAAUAAUUAGCGGCAAAUGUAAAGGUGAAGAUGUGCUGAUUCCGCGCAUUCCAAUGGUUCCUACUGAUUUGCCCUUUACAUUCGAACGACUACAGUUUCCUGUGCGUCUUGCUUUCGCGAUGACAAUCAACAAAGCCCAAGGGCAGUCUCUACGCGUUGCCGGAUUAAAUUUAGGAAAUCCAUGUUUUUCGCAUGGUCAACUGUAUGUUGCUUGCUCCAGAGUAGGAACUCCAAAAACUCUGUACGUCUAUACACCAAAUCGAAAAACCAAAAAUAUUGUUUACCCACUAGCGUUACGAUAG